AUGGCCUCAAACCAAUUAAAUACCAUCCACAGUCAUUCCAAGCCCGACGAGGUCUCCAACCAAUCGCUACCCGAACAUGAAGAUGUUAUGGAUCACGAAAGUUCUCCAGAAAAGGAUGAUGACCCCGCAGCACAGGCUCCAGCUCUUCCAGUGAUGCCAGGACCCAGCGUCAACAAGAAGGUGCCCAAGGUUUCUUCUUCUGAAGAUUACAGUUGCGGUAUUAACUGCGGCGGUAAAUUUCUCGGCGAACAUCAAUGUAUCUAUAGCACUAAUAAACCGCUUACGAUACAGUGCGUGUCGACGGCGUGGCGGGGCGGGUUCACUGCUCCUGCAUGCAACAGUAAAUUCAAAACCAGAAAUAAUUUCAACCGUCAUUUCAAAUCCACACACCUUUUGCAUGACACCAGGAUUGAGAACAUGAUUCCCUGCCCAUUCAAAGGCUGUAAAAAAACCGGGCACUGGGGGUUUAUCCGUUACGAUAACCUACUUCAACACCGGAGGAGUAUCCACAAAGAAAACAUCCCAAAGACUCACGUUACGCCCAGGAUGAAGGCGCCAAAGCCUUACGCACGCAAGACUGUCAACCCCAACGAUGCGGGGCCCUCAAACGCAAGCAACUAG